AUGACAACAAAUACGAACGAAGAAGCAACAUCGGCUGCUUUAUUAGAACAAUUGGUUUAUAUUGAUAAUUAUAUAAAUGGAGCAUCUACUGAUUCAUCUAAUGCCACUCCUAAUUUGGAUAUCGAUGGACAACUAAGUUUAGAUUUGGCUGCUUUUGCAGAUGAUUCAUUUAUUUUUCCAGAUGAAGAGAAGAAACGUAAUCACAAUGGUCAAAAUGAAGGAAGUAGUAGUGAUAAUAGUGAUAAUAAUAAUAAUAGUAACAGUAACAACAACAAUACUACUGAGAAUGAUAGAAAUUGGAAUUUUCAUGAUUUUAAUCAACACAUACAACCACAACAGCAACCACGUCAUCACCAACGAGAACGUAGUCUACAGCAAUUUCCACGUCAAUCUAGCCAACCUCAGAACCAAAAUUUCAUUAAUCAAAAUAAUCUUUUUAGUAGUGGAAUAAUAAAACAAGAUACACAUGAUUUUAAUAGUAUAGAUCCACAAUUAUCUUCGACUACAUCUACAUUUAUGAAUUUAACAGAUUUACCUAAAUUUCCUGUACCUCCAGGAGCAAAAUCAUCAUUAGUUAAUGCUGGAUUAUCACAGAAUCAAAUUGAUUUAUUAAGUGCAUUGGUUGCACAACAUCAAGCAAGUUUAGGUAAUUCAAUACCAAAUCAAACUCCUCCAAUGACAAAUACAACUAUUACUACUCCAGUAUCAGUAUCUCCUACUGAAUUACCUACUCGUCCGUAUUCAUCUACUCAUAGACUUCUGACAUCUUCAAAUCUGAGUAGUACUACUAGUUUAUUAGAUCCUAUUCCUUCUUCUUCAUCACUGACUAUUUCUCAAACCAAUGGAUCAGCAGCAGAUUUGGAUAAAAAGAGAAGAAAUACUGCUGCUAGUGCUAGAUUUAGAUUUAAAAAGAAAUUGAAGGAAAAACAAAUGGAAACUAAGAUUAAGAAUCUUGAAGAUUUGAUUGUUAGUUUAGAAGGUCAAUUAAACAAUUUAGAAAUGGAGAAUAAAUUGUUAAGAAAUCUAAUUAUUGAAAAGGGAAGUCAAAAAAGUGAUGAUGAAGUUAAAUUAUUAAGAGAAAAAGCAAGAAUGGAAUAG